AAAAUAUGUGGCGGAGUUCACGAUUGUACAUCUGGCGAGCUUGCCUGGCUUUCUCGUCUUCUUUUAAAAACACACUGCUGAAAUGGCUCGUGGUGCUCAAAAGGAACAGGCUAGACAAAAGGCUCAAAAGGAAGCUGCCAAACGCGGAAAGCCCAAGUCGCAGCUCACUGCCCGUGCAGCCGGCCUACAGGUGAAAUGUCCCAAGUGCUUCACUAAUAUGCCAAACUACAAGCUACUUGUCCAUCACAUGGAGGCGAAACAUCCCAAGGACAAUAUCCCACCGGAAAGCGACUUUGCCUCAUAACAGAAAUGAAAAGAAUACCUCAUAUUUUGAUCACCUGACCUUCUGCUUGUGUUAUUAAGCGCUUAUUUGCUAUAUU